ACCCUGCGAGCUGAACCCUGGUUGUACGACACAUUACAAACUGACUCCUUCGCCGCGAGCAGCAUCUAAUCGGAGGAACAAUCGACAUAUAUAUAUAUAUAUAUAUUUUUUUUUAAUCGUUACAUUUCGAUUAGAGGAGCGGGGGAUGUUGGGAUUAGACACCUUUCGCCGCGUAAGGAGAUCCCGCAAAAUAGGCGUGCUGCGGCCCAGCUCCCCACAGACCACGCCUACUUGGCGCGCUACCUUUUGCUUCUUCUUGAACUUUCCACGCGGAAUUAUUCUCCCCACGAUGUAAUGAUCACUCCCACCCAACCCCGUGGACCUCCUAGGGACACUUCUGACACUUUUUGUCCUCUUCUGUCAACUAGUCGGAACAAUGUUUAUCUCCAAAGCAGAAGGAGUCAUGCAGGGUCUGCCUUACAUCUCCUACUUCUUUGACGAAGAGUUCUUCCAAAAACUGUUGAAGGACCUCCAGUCCAUAGUGACGCCCCCCCAGUCCCCCUCCAAGAAGACGGGCGGCGAUGACGACCAGCUGGGCUCCGUCUCGGAGAGCCACGACGUGCAGUUGGACUGGAACUGCAGCGUCUACCGCGCUGACGGGGCGUCCGCCGACAAGCCGCCGUCCCUCCUGGCGAAGAGCGGCGAGGACAAGCCGGUGUCCCCCGUGCAGUCGGACAUCGACGUCGAGGGGCUGGACGACCAGAACCUGAUGGUGACGCAUGAUUCCAGCGAGACCUUGUCAGACUGUGGCGGCGAGCUGUCCCUGUACCUGUCCAGCGACUCAGACCAAGAGAUUGACGUUGUGACGGUGGGACAUUGCUCUUCACUCUCCGCCUGCCAGCUGAAGGAGGAGAAGGAGCGGAGGAAGAAGAAGGAGCAGCAGCAGCAGAGGAAGAAGAAGGAGCAGCAGCGGAGGGAAAAGGAGCAGCAGCAGAGGAAGAAGAAGAAGAAGGAGCAGCAGCAGCGGAGGGAAAAGGAGCAGCAGCAGAGUAAGAAGAAGGAGCAGCAGCAGAGGAAGAAGAAGGAGCGGCAGCGGAGGAAGAAGGAGCGGCAGCGGAAGAAAAAGGAGCAGCAGCAGAGGGAGGAGCAGCAGCAGAGAGAGAAGCAGCAGCAGAGGGAGGAGCAGCAGCAGAGGGAGGAGCAGCAGCAGAGGGAGGAGCAGCAGAGGGAGGAGCAGCAGCAGAGAGAGGAGCAGCAGCAGAGAGAGGAGCAGCAGCAGAGGGAGGAGCAGAAGCAGAGAGAGGAGCAGCAGCAGAGGGAGGAGCAGAGUGCUUUCCAGCUGUUAGUGAUCCAGCAGCAGCACAACUACGCUGCUCCUCUGCCCUCCAUGUCACCCUGCUCAUCCAACAAGGAUGUGUCGUGUCCCACUCACAGCUCCUCCUCCUCCUCCUCGCCGCCCACACGCCACCGCCACGAGCACAGCUCGUCUCGGAGCUCGUCAGACUCGUCGUCGGAGGACGAGCGGCGGUGGACGCACAACGUGUUGGAGCGCUGGCGGCGCAAAGAGGAGAAGACAAGCUUUGACAGACUGCGCAAGCGCGUGUGGGAGCUGUCCUCCGACGACAGGACGCCCAAGAUUGUGAUCCUGCAGAAGGCCACAAGCUGCAUCUACCGCCUGCAGAGGGACCACGCCAGGCUGUGCGCCCAAAAGAGGAAACUUCAAGCCAGACACAAAGCACUCAAAGCCAGACUGCAGAAGCUCACAGGUGACGGCGCGCAGUCGGCGGAGCUUGUGAGACAGGAACUGGACAAUGACUGAGUCUGGACUGGACAUAGGAGACGUCACACUGCAACAUCCACACCUUUGAAUAGAUUGAGGUUGUCGCCAUAGCAACCACUGAUCCUUCCAUCCUCCAGUAGAACGUCAAGAUGUUGGGUUCUUGCUGCUCAAAGCUUUCAGGCGGAUGCUUGCCUCCCUGGUGACACCUUCAGGUUCUGCAGGGAGGAACGCGCCACGUUGCUUCUUCAACUUGGCCAACGUGAGCCCAGGUGAGAAAUGUCACUUCCUGUUUCAGCGUCAACAGGAAGUGAAGCUGGACACUUGUUUUUUUUUUAUUGGUGAGUUGCAAACACCUUAUUUGCAUUGCGACAACAGCAGCAAGUUGUAGCAUUAAAGGGUGUGACGCAUAUUUGUUAUGGUCGGGUUUAGCAGAGUGCAAGAGUUAGAUGUUCUCCAACUCUCCUUUCUAGCAAGGAGAUUGUAAGGGUUGAAGCAAAUGAAUGAUAUUUCCAGUAUGAACGUUUCCUCAUAGGAGCCCAGCAGGCACAAGACAUUGAUACCACGUUGAUUAUACGUACACGUCCUUUAAAAUGACUUUGAAACAACGUUGCAAUAUAGUUGUAUUGGUCAGUUGACGUUGGAUCCACGUUGUUGGUUGGAAAAUGACCAAAAUUCAACGGUCAAAUCAACGUCAGAACCCAACAUUGAUUAAACGUCGUAUUUGUGUUAAAUAUAUUGGUUGGGAAAUGACCAAAAUUCAACGGUCAAAUCAACGUCAGAACCCAACAUUGAUUAAACGUCGUGAAAAAGCAUGUUGUUUCAACGUUGUGUUUAAGUUGCUAGUUCAACCAGUUCUCAACGUUGUUUUAAUGUCUGGUGCCUGCUGGGAAGUUAGUCAUAUUGUGAAGUUGCCCUGCCCACUUUGUCCAAUCUCUCCAAACUCAUCCCAAUCGUUUUGUUGUUAAAAGGUUAAUAACUUACAAGCUGUCUUAUUAAUGUUUAAUCGACAUGUUACAAAUCAUAACUACGCCUCAACUAUGUCCACAUCUCCCCAAACCUCUUCCAUUGGUUUUUGCUACAAAAACUAUUAUAGGAAUUACGUUAACGAAUUUGAUUCAUAACCAGCGCCACAAAGUGUUAGUAACUUAAAAAUUAUAAUAGUUAGACUGAAAUUAUUUUCAGCAAAAACAAUUGGGAUGGAUUGGGGAGAUUUUGAGAAGGUGGGACGGGGGGUUAUGAAUCACAAGUCAUUAAUAACUCAUGGUUUUCGCAGGGCAUUAACAAAAAUUGAUGGUCAUUAAAUGGAUUUUGCAAAAAUGAAGGCUUGAAAUGGGAAUAAAAAGCAUUAAAUUCGAUGUCCAGGGGCAUUUAACAUGUUUGUACAAUUGUAGGACCCUCCAAGGUUUCCCAUUGGGUUGAGUUUUUCCUUGGCCUGAUGUGGGAUCUGAGCCCAGGAUGUUGUGUCGGAUGUUGAGACACUUUUGAUUGAGGGUUACAUAAAUCUUUGAUUGAUUGAUUGAUUGAUUGAUUGAUUGAUAGGACCUGGCCGAUAGUAGUAAGUCAAUCCAUCGAACGGUAAAUGAAAAUGGACUCAAUAAAUUUGCCGUCCUCGAUAAAUUGCUAAGUCUAUCUGUGUUUCUUUUCUUCGACUCCGGCUUUCAUAUGGCAGGCAUGUGAGCACCCUUUGAGGGGAAAAAAAGAGGAACAUUUCUACAAGCACAAAGUGCUGCCCCAAAAGGAAAUUUUGAAAAUCAAGACUACAUUUCCUGCAAUUGGGUGAAUUUCUUCGCUAUAUUUCACCUUUUAGAUUUAUUUUCAUCUAACAACCUACUGUGUUUUGAUUUUUGACAAAGACAUGUCCAAUUUAAUGUGUUUUUUGGUCAUUAAAAUGUCAUGUAAAAUUCUAUGACAAGCAUGCAAACGU